CAAGUCUCAAGAAGAAAUAAUGGGCAUGGCAGAAACUGAGAACUUGUAUCUGCUGACAUGGGUCCUUUUAGUGGGGAAUGUGGCAAGGCUGUGGAAUGACUCACAGCUGCCCUCAGUGUUUGUCCCACUGAAAACUUCAGCUGCAGACCUGAGGCUGACGAGUGGAGGCCACCGCUGUGAGGGGAGAGUGGAAGUGAAGUACCAAGGAAUAUGGGGCACAGUGAAUGAUUUUGACUGGAACCUGAAGGAUGCAGCUGUGGUGUGCAGACAGCUGGAAUGUGGAGUUGCUGUUGCUGCUUCCAGAGGGGUUUAUUUCGGAUCAGGGGAUUUGUGCAUCUGGUUGGAGGGGAUGGACCCUGCUCAGGGAGAGUAGAAGUACAUUCUGGAAGAAAUUGGGAUUCAGUAUCUGGUGGGAACUUCACAUUCUCCACUGCCCAGGUUAUCUGUGCAGAGCUGGGGUGUGGCAAAGCUGUAUCUAUUAUGAUGGAUGUGCCCUUUAGAGAGUCAGAUGGACAGGUCUGGGAUGAAGAGUUCUGGUGUGAGGGGCAGGAACCUGAGCUCAGGACCUGCCCCAGAGUGCCCUGUCCUGGAGGUACUUGCCAACACAGAGGGGCUGUUCAAGUUGUCUGUUCAGCAUACACAGAAGUGCGGCUCAUGAAAAAUGGCACCUCUCAGUGUGAGGGACAAGUGGAAAUGAAUAUUUCUGGAAAAUGGAGAGUGCUCUGUGCCUCCCACUGGAAUAUGGCCAAUGCCAAUGUUGUCUGUCGUCAGCUUGGCUGUGGAGUUGCCAUCUCAACCCCCAAAGGAGCGUACUUUGUGAAAGGAGGUGAUCAAAUCUGGAAAGCCCAAUAUCACUGCUCAGGGGCUGAGUCCUUCUUAUGGAAUUGCCCAAUGACUGCCUUGGGCAUUCCUGACUGUACCCAUGGAAGCACGGCCUCUGUGAUCUGCUCAGGAAACCAGACCCAGGUGCUGCCCCAGUGUGACUCCAUGUCUGCACCAGCAGGCUCUGCAGCCUCAGAGGAGAGCCCUGCCAGCUGCUCAGACAGGGGACAGCUCCGCCUGGUGGACGGGGGCGGUCCCUGUGCCGGCAGAGUGGAGAUCCUUCACCAGGGCUCCUGGGGCACCAUCUGUGAUGACAGCUGGGACCUGAACGAUGCCCAGGUGGUGUGCAGACAGCUGGGCUGUGGAGAGGCCCUCAACGCCACGGUCUCUGCUCACUUCGGGGAAGGAUCAGGCCAGAUCUGGCUGGAUGACGUGAGCUGCACAGGAAAGGAGUCCCACGUGUGGAAGUGCCCUUCCCGGGGCUGGGGACAGCACGACUGCUGGCACAAGGAGGACGCGGGGGUCAUCUGCUCAGAGUUCCUGGCCCUCAGGAUGGUGAGUGAGGACCAGGAGUGUGCUGGGUGGCUGGAAGUUUUCUACAACGGGACCUGGGGCAGUGUCUGCUACAGCCCCAUGGAAGCCAUGACCUUGUCCACGAUCUGCAGACACCUUGGCUGUGGGGACAGUGGGACCCUGGACUCUUCUGUUGAUUUUAGGGAAGGUUCUAGACCCCGGUGGGUAGAUGGAAUCCGGUGUCGGAAAACUGAUACCUCUCUCUGGCAAUGUCCUUCUGACCCUUGGAAAUACAGUUCAUGCCUUCCAAGAGAUGAAGCUUAUAUCACGUGUGCAGGAAGAAGAUCCAAGAGCUGUCCCUCUACUGCCCCCUGCACAGACAAAGACAAGGUCCGACUCAGGGAUGGAGACACCAAGUGCUCAGGGCGAGUGGAGGUUUGGCACAAUGGCUCCUGGGGCACAGUGUGUGAUGACUCCUGGAGCCUGGCAGAGGCUGAGGUGGUGUGUCAGCAGCUGGGCUGUGGCUCUGCCCUGGAAGCCCUGCAGGAGGCAACAUUUGGUCCAGGACAUGGGCCCAUCUGGCUGGAUGAGGUGCAGUGCAGGGGCAGGGAGUCCUCCCUGUGGGCCUGUGCUGCGAAGCCCUGGGGGCAGAGCAACUGCAAGCAUGAAGAGGAUGCUGGCGUGAGGUGCUCUGGUGAAAGAACAACAUUGCCCACCACUACAGCAGGGACCAGAUCUGGCCCAAGUCCUGUACCUGGCAUCUUCUCCCUGCCUGGGACCCUUUGCCUCAUCUUAGGGGCCCUUCUCUUCCUGGUCCUCAUCAUCCUGGCGAUUCAGCUGUACAGAGGGAGAGUGGAGCACAGAGCCUUGUCCAAUUUAGAAUAUGCUCUUGAUGAAGCCAUGUAUGAGGAAAUUGAUUAUCGGGCAUUGCCGAAGAAAGAAGCUCUACUGAGCAGCCCAGAGCCCUCAGCUCAGAGGACUGAUGCCUUUAGCGAGAUUUACGAUGAUGCUGAAGAGGUACCAGUGCCCCAGGCUCCUUCUGCCUCCCAGAUGAAUGAGUGGGAAGUGUCCUUAGAGGAGAAUGGAGUGAGAAUUUUUCAGAUAGGCUCCUCUCUGAACUUCCCUGAAGGGGCAGCUCAUCCUAGGAAAGAAGAUAGUCCCUGGCUGCUCCAGGGGGGAGAAGAGGAUCCUGAGUAUGACGACGCUGAACUAAGUGCUGUUGGAACAUCUACAGUAGCUUUCCAUGCUGUUGUGUUAAAAAAGAGAUGAGGCCUCAGAUAGUCUGUCUCUAUUCCAGCAGGGUAGUACUGACCUAUAAUUAUAUUAUAUUAUAUGGAAAUUGCUCAAAAUUAACUAUUCUGAAUAGAGCACUUUUUGCUUUGUUGAUAAAUUAGCAAGUUUGAUCUAAUUGCUCUUAGAGGAGUGGUCCUCAAUCAGUUUCCCUAUGAAGAUAUUGGGAACUGACCUGUUUAUUCAUCUCCCCCACAAACUACUCAUGGCAUUAACUUUGCCCAGGCUCAUGGGUGCUCAGGUCAUUCUUGCUUAGACAAGGGACUCUAAAGUUGGUCCACACUCACACCCUCAUUCCUAGCAAGAUGAACUCAUAAAAAAAUCCUGAACAUUCAUGUAUGCUCUUUGCUGAGAUGUCACAUCAUCUGUUUUUCAACAAUUUCCAGAAACCAGACUUGGGUGUGAAUUUCAAAGUUGAGGGUGAGAGGCUGGCUAGUAAGAGAGAAUGAGUAAAGCUUUCCUUACUCUGUCCAAACUUUUACGGAACAAUUAAAAAUGUAAUUUUAUAUAA